AUGGAUCACGAUCAAUCAAGCCAGAAGAAAGACCACAUGGCGUCCAGCGAAGAGCGCCGCAGUGAACAAAGCGGCAGCGACGCCGCCUCAUCUAAUCCCUGGGCUGCACCCAGCUUCAUGACCGUUGGCGCCGGCUCAGAUCCUUCGCAUGCUGCAGCACUUAUGGCUCAGCUUGAACAGGACUCUGGCUACGGAUCUAUGCCGGGGGACAGCCAGGCGACUGGUGGCGAAAUGCGCGCCUGGGAAGAUGGACUCCUCAGAGACAGGCCAACGCCGGCGCAUACUCCUCGCCCAAAUGGCCACUCCCAGUCGCUCACCGAGACCGAGAAACGUGUGCUGGCAAGUCACGUCCACCAGCUGCAAUACAAUCAGAACCGAGUUGCCCUAGCAAAAGCCAUUGGUCAGACGGUCGAACUACUCAAACAAUUACAAGAAAUGAACGCUCAAUGGCCCGCCACUUAUCCAUCUGUCAAGCGUUCAGAGUCUCCGAGCAGACGACCAGCAAUCAACCACACUCAGUCGACAAGAGAUACAGCAGACUCAAGAGAUGGGGAACAUCCGACUCACCGUCCCGUGCCACCAAGGCGUGCCGACACUACCCGGGCUUUUGACGCGGUUGGUGAAUCGAGUUCACAAGCCGAGCAGCGCAAGACUCCCGAACCGCGCCUACUCACCUCUCAGAUUGCUCAAGAGUUCUCCAUUCUGAAACUGGAUCUCAAAGUCGGUUCCCUGUCGCAAUCCGAGCUGGUGCAUUCGCUCGAGAAGAAAUCCAUCGCCUCACUACUGGAUGGCAAGAUCGGCCAGAGUGUGAGGCAUCUUCUAUCACUACGCGAUCGCAUUGAGGACACAUCGAGCAAAGUUCUGGUGACAGGCGAUCUCAAUGCUGGAAAGUCCACCUUUUGCAAUGCGCUGCUGCGGCGAAAGAUCCUACCAGAAGACCAACAGCCCUGCACGAGUAUUUUCUGCGAGGUUCUUGAUGCCAAAGAAAACGGCGGCCUGGAAGAAGUUCAUGCUGUUCACAAAGAUGCAACCUAUAACCGCAACGAUGAAAGCACUUACGAUUCCUAUUCAUUACAAGACCUUGAAAAAAUUGUUAUGGACAAUGAUCGGUACAUGCAGUGCAAGAUAUAUGUGAAGGACAUUCGCUCAGUUGAUCAGUCGCUACUCAAUAAUGGUAUCGUGGACAUCGCCUUGAUCGAUGCUCCCGGAUUGAAUUCAGAUUCAGUCAAGACCACGGCCGUUUUCGCUCGGCAAGAAGAGAUUGAUGUGGUUGUAUUCGUCGUCUCGGCUGCGAAUCACUUCACUCUUUCCGCCAAAGAAUUUAUAUGGCAAGCGGCACACGAAAAAGCAUACAUCUUCAUGGUCGUCAAUGGCUUUGACAACAUUCGGGACCAGGAACGAUGUAAGCGCCAGAUCUUGGAGCAGCUCGCCAAGCUGAGUCCCUAUACUUUCAAAGAAGCGCAAGAGUUGGUGCACUUCGUUUCUAGUAACGCUGUGCCUGUGGGGCCAACUUUUCCACCUGAUGGGCCUGGUGCAGGUGAAAGCUCUGGUUCGUCUGGCUCGGGUGGUGGCGAUCCGGGAGACGAUGACGACGAUGGACCCGGUACAGGCAAAGGGAAGGACAAGCAGAAGAUGCAGGACUUUGAAGGCCUGGAGGGAGCUCUUCGACGAUUCGUCCUGGAAAAGCGUGCGCGGUCCAAACUCGCCCCUGCUAAGACAUAUCUCCUCAACUGUCUGGGCGAUAUGAACGUCCUUGCUACCGUUAACCGGGACGUCGCGCAGUCGGAGUUGGACAAAGUCUCUCAGCAGCUAUCCGAACUAGAGCCUGAGUUCGAGAAACGCUCGAAGCAGCGGAGCGAGGUUUCGGAGAAGCUGAUCAAAGAUGUUGACUCCACAGCUUCCGAGGUGUACGACCACACUCGGACGACGCUUACUGAGACGAUUGCAAACGUGGGACAGGAAGAUCUUGGCAUUGAAUACCCUGGCAUAUUCUCGGCUUUCCAGUAUGCAGAGGACCUCCGGAUAGCCAUGCUCGACAAGGUCUCAGCAUCUGUCAGAAGUUGUGAAGAGCAUGGACGGGCUAAGACGGUCACAGGUGUCAGUAUGAUCAAGUCUCUUGGUUUGCUGCAUGUCGGAGAAGGUUACGAACAAUUGGCUUUCCGAUCCGACAUGAUGUUCCAGCGUAAAAAGGACGCCCUGGUCCGAACGGUUGAUACGGACGUGGAGAUGAUGGACUUCUUCGAUGUGGCGGGGCUCUGGGACCGACAAGAAAAAGCUGUUGGCACUGGUCUUGCCGUAACUAUUGCAGGCACACUGGGAUCCAGGGCUAUUGGUGCCUUCGGUUGGGUAGACGGUGCAUCGACAGCCGUCCGGAUCGUUGGCUCACGAAACCUGCGAAGACUGGCUGCACCUGCCGCAGUGGCUGCCGUCAUUCUCGCCGUUGCUUACGUCCUUUCGACCAUACCACAGACUCUGCCUCCACGGCUAGCGCGCAAGUUGUCAGCAAACUUGGCUUCGAUGGAUUACACACAUGCCAACGCGCUUCGCAUCUCAGCUGAAGUUCGGCGGGUGUUGAGAUACCCUGCACAGCAGCUCUCCGUCGAUCUUGAAAGAGGUGUGGAGGAGCUCAAGCAGAAGAAAGAAGAGGUUCAGAAGACCAAGAAGGAGUCCGAGGUGGCGAAGAAGUACUUUGGGAACCUGGUCAGGAAUACAAGUGAGACGCGACAGCGAGUGGACGGGAUUGACCUUGAGGGACCUCUGCCGGGAGCGGCAGGGACAUACGUCUCUUGA